UUCGAUACCUACGUCCAACUAUAAAUGGCUAGCAACUUUAUAGGAUCGCGCAUUAGCUUGGUAUCUAAAUCUGAGAUACGCUAUAAGGGUACAUUAGUAGCUAUUGAUCAUGCAGCUGCUACUAUAUCCCUUCAGAAAGUACAAUCUAUGGGAACUGAAGGUAGACGCGGUGACAGCGACAUACCACCUUCUGAGACUAUUUACGAUUUCAUCGUCUUCAAAGCUGCAGAUGUCAAGAACCUUCAAGUUGAGCAACCACCAGCAGCCCCAACUUCAACAAUCCCAGAUGAUCCAGCGAUCGUAGGCACAGCUCGUCCUUCUCCAAAACCAACUCAAGAGCAACCGGCCCAAGUCCAACAACCAGCACAACAGCCUCAACAGCCUCAACAACCUCAGCCACAUCCUGGUACCCCACAACGUCCUUUCAUGGGAUUCCCUCCAGCGGGUGGUCCAUUCCCCGGCUAUUACCCUCCUCCACAUAUGUUCCCGCCUGGACAAGUCCCACACCCAGCUUAUAUGCCAUACGCCGGUGACCGUAUGAUGCAGCCACCAUCACAACAACCUCCACAAGCUGUUCCUCAACCAGCUCCUCAACAACCUCAACAGCAAUCUCAACAGCAACCUCAACAGCAACCUCAAACACAGCCUCAGCACGUUCAGCACAUUCCUCAAACUAUUGAUGAACCAGAAGCACCUAUCAAGGCUGAAAAAAUUGAGGACGCAAUGUCACGUAUAAAAAUCAAAGAUGAAACGCGUGUACAAGUUGAAGAAGUUUCACUGUCUAACAAAAUUGACAGACCUAGAAGGAGACGCGAACGUAAUGGUCACUUUGUUCCAAAAUCUGAUUUCGAUUUCGAAAGUUCUAACGCUGUUUUCCGUAAAAUACAAAAAACCCCAGCAGAAGAGGAAGGUGAACUUGAAAUUGACGCACAAGAUCUUCUUAACGGAGAAGAAGAAGAAGAUGCUCCUUAUGAGGAAGUUGCCAACGUUGAAGAAAGUAAACCUGCUUAUAACAAGUCAAAUUCUUUCUUUGAUUCACUUUCUUCCGUAAGUAACCAUCAAACUUCAAGAGAAAUAGCAAGAGCUGCAAGAGAGGAAGAAAGAAAUAGGAAUAUGUCUACUUUCGGUGAAGCUACUUCAGCUUCUUACCGUGGUAGAGGUAGAGGUAGAGGUGGAUACCGUGGUAACUACAGAGGUAGAGGUAAUUACAGAGGUGGAUACCGUGGUGGAUUUUAUGAUAAGCAGUAAAACUUCUUUUUCUUAGUCUAAAAUUUUUUAUGUGAUUUAUUAUGUAUCCCUUUCUUUAAAAAAUGUUAAAUACAUAUGAUUGAUUAAUUG